AUGCUUCCUAUCCAUGUUGUUUCUCUCUCCUUUCCAGUAGUUCCACAGGCCAAAGCCCAGGCCAAGUCUCGCUGCCCUGUAGGCACUUAUUCCUACCAUGACGGCCUGGCAUGGUUUUGCUAUGAGUUCUAUGAAUAUUUGCUGCCCUUUGAGGAUGCCGAGGCCAUUUGUCAACAGAACAGGAAUGGCGGCCACCUGGCCUCCCUCACCAGCGAGACCCAGACGAGGCUGGUGGGUGGUUAUCUGUCUCGGGUAAACCGGGACAGGGCUGAAGUGUGGAUCGGGCUGAACCGGAAUCAGAACUCAAACAUGUAUAAUGGCUGGUGGUGGACUGAUGGAUCCUUCUUCCGAUAUACCAGCUGGCUCGGCGGAACACCCAACAAUAUUGGUGGGAGGCAGCUAUGUGUGGUCCUCACCCCUGGAUCAGGGUUUAAGAGCUGGGAUGACGCCACUUGUAGCAUCAGCAGAAGUUUCCUCUGCAAGUGGAGAGCAUCUUAG